ACGGGGUAAUGUCGACGACACACGUGACACUGCUGAAUCUCCGUCAUCGCCGGCCACGAAUCGAACGCGAACGGCGCACGAGACGACAUCAGCCGCCUCGCGAUCGCGUUCUCCUUGCUUCUUCCCAUGAGUGUUGCACGCGCGAACGUGCGAGCGCACUCUCCAGGCUCGCACCCGACAGCUUCGCGCGCGAGCCACGCUUUAUUAGUCUAGCGCGGGCCAUCGUGAACCCCUUUAGUUGCCUCGCUACGCUUCGCCUUGUCUCGCCUCGCCUCAUCUCUCCUCGUCGCGCCGCAUCUCGUCUCACCACGCUUCUUCGCCAUUGGCCAUCGGCCAUCGGAUCAACGAGACCGAAGAGAAACGAUAGAUGUGAGUGAGCCUAAGCGUGAUAAUAGAAACCGACGUGUGAGGAGGAAUAGUGAAGAUAAGGUUUUGCGAAAGAGAAGAAAAAGUCGAAGAAUCGCGAGGAAGAGAAUCAAAGGAGGGGCCAACGUGUCAAAGAGAGCGGAAGGUCGAUGCGCCGGAGGAACAUGAGAAGAGUAAGAGAGAACCGUAUCCUUUGGUGAUACAGUACAACCAGCACUCGUACCGGUACGUUCGCGAUUUAACGGCCACCUUUGCAACCAACCAACGUGCGGAAAACAUUCUUUUCCUUGGUCAAAGUGAUUUUAUCUUGACGAGAUUCUAUUCAAAAGGGAACGUAAGCUGUUCCAAUAAGCCGAAUAAAUGCUCGCGGACAAUUUAAUGCUGUGAGUUUGACAAAAUUUUGUCACGAGAUACACCUAUUCCUGCAAUUUAUUAACAUGGAAUUCUAUCAAGGAAGCAUCUAUUCGCAAAUUUAUGCCGGCGAAUCUUUUUAUUCUCUACAAUGUUAACGAUUGUCCUUGUUAAAGGACAGUCGAUGUCAAUUUGACUGUUAUCCAUUCAUUUCCGUGAAAUUUUCAUCGCGCUAUAUGACUAUUGUCGAAAAACGAGAAUAAGCGAAUGACCGGGAUAACCCCGGAUGGACAGCAGGGUGUCUUAGCGACGCCGUGACAUGUACGAACGUUUACCAAGGAUUUCCUCGUCGUCAGCAAAGGCACACGAGGCGACGGUGCGUAGAAAACGGUGCGAGGAACGAUUGAGGCAGAUCACGUGGGUCGACACCCGGUCGACGACAACCGGCGACAGCGGGACAGGUUGAAAAGAUGCUGGCACUCGCGAUGCGCCGCGAACACACAACCGGGCGCAGCAAUUACGAGCCCGCAAAUCCGCUCGCGGGAUUCGAACACCUGCAGCACAACAGUGGUGGUAAUUCGUUCGCGGUGGUACCCACCACCGAGGGGCGAGUGCGUGACGCCGCUCGGCCGGAGGCUGAGGGUGAGUUGCAGGAGUUUGUGGACAUUGCGCAAGUGCAACAGCUACUCCAACAGCAACAGCAGCAUCAACAACACCAUCAUCAUCAUCAUCACCAACAGCAAACGUCCGCGGCGGCCGCGUCCUGCAUCUGGGGAGCGGUAUAUCCUCCACCACCGCCCGCUCUGGGAUAUCAUCACCAUCACCAUCAUCAUCAUCACCAUGCGCCGUUACCGCCGCCAUCAGGCGAGGACACGCAGUGCGGUACCGAGGAUUCUGCCAUCGUCCAGGAAGGCGACUCGCUCCAGAGGAUGACGAUGGACGGCAUGGAGGUGGUGGGCUCGCAACCGCACGCAGCCACCAGCCCAUUUUUGCUCUCCUCGCCACCCCUUGGUCAUCAUCAUCAUCAUCAACAUGCAACAUUUAAUCUGCAGACGGUGCAGCUUAGUUUCGACGCGUGUUUACCGUACAAUGCGGCCUCCUCGUCCAACUCCUCGGUCACCUGCGGCAUCAGCGGGACACCCGUGACCUACACAAAUUCGUCCAUCAGCUGCAGCAAGACUAUACCGACGCUUUCCUUAUCUUCGUGCGUGCCGUUACAUACGCAGCUUCAAAUCAGUCCGACCGACUCCACGGAACAUAAUCAUGAUCGGCAUCAUCAGCAUCAUCAUCAUCAUCGAUUGGAUGAUCACCAGCAUCGCUUGCAUACCGAUGCAUCGUCACCAUCUGUCGACGUUACAGAUGGCAAGAGGCAUCGACAGGCCGAUGACGAUGAUAAGGGAUGUAUCAGAAACUGCAGGAGCGAUAUACACGAUUCGAACGAUAAGGAUAAGCCUGGUGAUCUAAACACACCGGUCACCACCAGCAGCGACCUACCCUCUUUCUUCGGUCCUUCUGCACUUGUCGAACCGCCACCGAUCUCAGGCAGUUUGGCGGGUGAGGAUCUUUCCUUGGAAGAGGCGACCGCGGAAGAGGACGAAAACGCCGGCGCAUCCGCCGGCAGAGAUCAUCGCCAUCAUCAUCAUCAUCACCAGGAUACGCGAAAUACCGUUACAUCAAACGCGCCUUCCUCGAGCAGUCCACCGUCGCGCCACCAUCAAACCCAGGACGAAACGGAUCGUUGCAACGUGUUGCAAGGUGGUGUAAUUUUGUAUUCCUCACCGCAUUCCACAUCUACCGUGCCCGCGACGAGCGUAAAUAUUUGCAACGUACCAACGUUGACCUAUCGCGGCGUCUUUACCACGACUUGCACACAAUCCUCGCCACUAAACAAUCUUCAAGGCGAACAGCAACAACAACAGCCAGCGAGCCAGGAAUUGUGGGCGCCGUUACCCUCGCCAACCUUAACCUUGACGGGUCAACCGUUCCUUCACCCCAACCUUCACUCGACCGCGUAUAGCGGUGAGACCGUCGAAUUACUGCAGGUCGAAUCGAAACCACCGCCCCCGCCACCCGGUUACCAUGACACGCCAACUACCACUCCUGCGGCCUGGCUGACGGCACACGAGGAGGCUUAUGAUCCUAGUCUUCUCUCCCACCAUCACUCGCAUACUCAUCAUCAGGAAGCAACGUUGAAACAGGAGCCAACCGGCACAUCCGGUUACACUCCCAACGUACAACAGCCUCAACCACCUCAGACGCAACCUCAGCAACAGCAGCAGCAGCAGCAGCAGCAGCAGCAACAACAACAACAAGCUCGGUCAUCUAAUACUGGCAGCACAGGGGUUCAGCUGGCCGAGUAUAAUCCGAGCACGUCGAAAGGCCACGAGAUCCUUUCCCAAGUUUAUCAGCAGAGUACAUUACCGCUUCAACUGGUUCCCGUAAAACCGCGAAAGUAUCCGAAUCGACCGAGCAAAACGCCGGUGCACGAGCGGCCAUACGCCUGUCCAGUGGACGGUUGCGAUCGCAGAUUCUCCCGCAGCGACGAGCUCACCCGGCACAUUCGCAUUCAUACGGGACAGAAACCGUUCCAGUGUCGCAUCUGCAUGCGCUCCUUUUCCAGGAGCGACCAUUUAACCACCCAUGUGCGUACGCAUACCGGUGAGAAACCAUUCUGCUGUGAUCAGUGCGGCCGAAAGUUUGCCAGGAGCGAUGAGAAGAAACGCCACGCAAAAGUGCAUCUUAAGCAGAGGCUGAAGCGCGAAGCGUCUCACGCUAAUCCGAGAAGUCAUCCUCAAAGCCACGCGUCCUCACCCUGUAAUCAAUGAAUUCCACGAAUUACAACGAUGUUGAAAAGUCCUUUUUAACGUUCAGAGAUCUCAUUACGUUUGUGUCAUGUUCUGACAAAUUGUGAUCUAUGUCUCCCUCUAUACUCCUGUCUUUCCCUUUUUCCUCUCCUCUUUUCGGUCGCUGCUCCCUUUCUCCCUUCCCUCCCUCCCUUCGUCUCUCGUGAUGACCGAUGAAAAAAACGCGGAGACCUUUAGACGGUCAAAACCGUCAUCGACUGAUCCGUCAUUUAUCAUCGGUUCAUCAACUAAUUACGUUAUCUUGAUGCAUAACUGGAUACGAAUUAAUUGCAUGCGAAACGAAUUUUUUGAAAUUUCAGAUAUCGUAUCUACGUAACGUAAUUGUAAAAUAAACAAUUGCUCAUUUUUAAAAUUGUCGUGAAUCAAAGAAUAAGGAUUAAGCGUUGCCAUAUAUAGUUCUUAUUCAUACUCGUGUAAGAACUUCAUGUAUUUUGAGAUUUAUCGUUGACUGAAAAAGUAUGAGAAUAUAGUUUAAUCAUUGUACCAAAAAUAAUGUCUCUUGCGUCACAUAGCGAAAAAUUAAAGUACUUAAAAUAUAUGAAAAGCAUUUACAAUCAUCGGAAACAAACUUAUAUUUAACCGCAACUGUAUGGAAGUUAAUUAUCAAAGUACAUAUAUAUUAAUCCCAUUCUCUUAAAAUAUGAAAACGAUAAACAUUAUUCUCUCUCUGCUUUACAUGUACUUCGUAUCUCUUAGCUUGUAUCCAGACACGAAUUGAAAUGUGAAUGUCACGAGAUAUUCACUAGCGUCGCGUAUCUAGAUGUCAUUGAGCGUUGCGAGAGCAUUUUCGUGCAAUUGUAUAACAUAAAAUCGAUACCAUCCGCAGCUUCCGAGAAUCAUCAUAGAGUGAAGCGGAAGAUACGGAGAGAGGGAGAGAUUGAAAGAAAGGAGAGGGAGGAAAAGAGGAGCAAUGCGUCUCAUUGCAUGCGAACGACUGUGUGUGUAUGAGAAUGUAAUGCUUCGUGAAACGAUAAAUAUUAUAUUGACUCAUUACAUGAUCAAUACGAACUCUCGGGACUAUCGAUAUUUAAAACAUAUAUCUUGUCCCUAUAAAACACACGCAAUUUAAAAGACUCGUGCGGUCCAAAUGCAAGUUUUAAAAAGAAUUCAUGUUUCAUGAAGCUGUAGACAGGUCUAUCUUACAUAGACAAGAUUGUUGACAAGGUUCGCGGCAACAGAAAUAGAGAUAUUUUUUUAAGUAUAUUUGUAUAUAACUAUAAUUCUCACACACAACCGAAUCACACACAAGAAUAAUGGUCAAGAUAUAAAAGUAUUUAUUUUUGAAAAAAAAUUUACAGCGUUGUGUUAUAGAAGAUGUAUUGGUGCUAAAAGAAGUUCCUCCUCUCAUAAACAUCGUUAGGAAACUUAUGUUAAUUGUUAAAUUUUCGGUGCUACAUAUACGCGACGCUGUUGCGUAUGUCUCUACCAGAAGCCAGAGGCAAUAUUUCCGUAAACUUCUUGAUAUAAUGUUAUAGAGUUUGCACAUAUGUCGAGAGAAUUUUAAUCUUGCAGUGAUCGCUUUCUUUUUUUAUCGUUCUCAUACCUUAUACCUGCGUUGUGUCACCGUAUUUUCUUCGUGCUCCGAACACGCUAAAUCUCGGCUGUCUCCGUCAAAUACUUCCAAUUCUCAGUCAUUCUUAUCUUUUCCCUUUCCAUAUUAUUGUAAAAAAAAAAUCCAAUGAAAUUGUAAUUAAACGUGACUAUCGUUGUUGAAAGAAAUAUUUCAUGUACAUAUGUAUAUAAUUUAUUAUACAUAUAGAUAUAUAUAUAUAUAUGAAAUUGCUGUAUGUAUAUGUAAAAUCUAACGUCGUUCUCUUGCCAUCUUUCUUUCUUUUCUUCAUUUCGCAUUACUAUCUCAUACGUGUAUACAUAUUUAGCAAUUGUUAAUGUUAUGUAUAUGUUGCUCUAUUUAUUAACAAAAUGACUAUAUUUCAAAUGAAUAUAUUGUUAAUGUUAAAUAAUUAUUUUUAUUAUAUUAUUAUUCAAUCGUGCAAUGCGUUACAAAAAUGAUAGAGAAACGGCAUGGUAUCCACAAAUUACACAAAUUACACUUGUAAAGUCGUAUGCGCGCGCGCGCGCGCACACACACACACACACACACACACACACACACACACAUAUAUAUAUAUAUAUAUAUAGACACAUUGUAUAGACGUAUGCGAACGCGAUGAUACGCACUACUCUUCGACAUAAAUUGUAAACACAAAGUAACGCAAGCGCAUCCCCUCAAGAGAAUAUUUUUUUUUACAGAUAGUAUUAUCCUAUCGCUAGAUAAAUUAUAUAUAAUUAUUAUACAUAUGGCGCUCCGAGUGCAAUGCACAUAACAAAAGCUCCCAACUACUUGUAUAUUCGUGUUGUCAUCAUCGCUCCUGCAUAUGCUUCUCUUUGCGAAACGGGUAACGCGAACAAUCUCUUGCAACAAUUAUUAACAGAAAUACAAUUAACACUGACUCGA